GUUUACCUUGAUGUGCAUUCACAUAUUGUUUUAAACUCCUUUCAAGUGUUUAAACAUUUUCUCAACAAUGUUACUCAAAUUUUCUAUCUGUGUUAUUUUAGUUUUAAGUGUAUGUGAAGUGUUAGAUUCACAUCCAACGGGAUCCACAACUUCUAUUACCCAUAAUACUCAGCAAGUACGAACGCCAAGUGGAAUAAGUUUAAUUCAUACAGUUUAUCGCAAUGAUACAGAAGUAUUCAAGAUUAAUAUUGCUGGGGGUGCUGACUUCCCCCAAGUAAGUUGGGGAACUUGUGGAAAAAAUUGUUGGGACUUUGAAGCAGCAUACGUCGAUAUCCAAGAAAUUUCUGAAGGUCAUACCCGUAUGGUAUGGACAGUUCGAGAUCCAAAUACAACAUUAUCGGAUUGCGUUCACUUAAAAAAUCAAAGUUGGUUUGGUGGUCCGGAACAAAAAGAACAAUAUUGGCCAAUAGAUGAAUUAAAGCUUAACGAUUUUGCUUAUAUUACGAAGGAAGAUGGAAAUUGUGCGGUUAUUGAACCAUAUUGGUUAUCCGAAGUGGGUGCUUAUAUUCACAUCGAUUCUGACACCCCGUUAUUUGUAACACAAAAUCGAACAGAAGAUACCGAAAAAGAUCGAGUUUGUUUCACUGCCAAAAUCGAUGGACCUUACAUCCAACGCAAAAAUUUCACAUUCACUUACGACAUUGUAGUGAAAGAAAACGUGAAAGAGGCUCACAAACAUGCUGUGAAAACAUUCUUCGGUAAACCAACUGGAAUACCAAAUGCAAAAAUGUUUGAAGAACCAAUUUGGUCCACUUGGGCGAAAUUCAAACGUGACGUUAACACCACAGUCGUUGAUACAUUUGCCAAAGAGAUUCUUGCAAACAAUUUCACAGGACAAUUCGAAUUGGACGACGACUGGGAAAUAUGCUACGGUGCAUUAGAAUUCCGUAAAUCUAAAUUCGAAGAUCCAAAAGCCGUUGUGCAAAAAUUACACGAUCAAGGUUUCCGUGUAACACUUUGGGUUCAUCCUUUCAUCAAUACAAAUUGUGAUCCAUAUUUUAAAGAUGCGAAAGAGAAAGGUUAUUUGGUAACAAAUGAAAAUGGUGAAGUUGAAACACAAUGGUGGAAUAGUGGUAAAGGAGAAGCAUCUCUUGUUGAUUUUACAAAUGAAGAGGCAAGAAAAUGGUGGGCAGAACGUUUAUGGAAAUUGAAAAAUGAAACCGGUUUGGACAGUUAUAAAUUUGACGCUGGUGAAACCAGUUGGGCACCUCAAAUUCCAGUUUUCUUUGGCGGAAAAAAUGAAACUUUCAACAAAGUACCAAAUUCUUUCACCACUGAAUAUGUGAAAACAUGCGCUCAAUUUGGGGAUUUAAUUGAAGUGCGUUCCGCGUACAAAUCACAAGAGUUGCCAAUAUUUGUACGUAUUGUGGAUAAAGAUACUCGUUGGGGCUUCGAAAACGGUUUACGCACUUUGAUUACGACGUUGUUACAAAUGAAUUUAGCUGGAUAUCCAUUAGUGUUACCUGACAUGGUUGGUGGAAACUUGUAUGGAAAUGAUACAAUUACUGGCGAAUUAUUUAUUCGAUGGCUACAAGCUAAUACAUUUAUGCCAAGUGUUCAAUUUUCCUUGGUCCCGUGGGAUUUCAAAGACGAAAAGAUUGAUGUAUUGGGAAUUUCACAAAAAUUCGUAAAAUUACACGCUGAAUACACACCAGUGAUUAUUGAAGAAGCAAAGACAGCUAUUAAAGAAGGUAUCCCACUAAACGCUCCUGUAUGGUGGGUUGCUCCAGAAGAUCCUCAAACAUACCGAAUUAAUGAUCAAUUCUUAUUAGGAGAUAAAAUUUUAGCAGCGCCAGUUGUUGUUGAAGGUGCAGUGAAGCGAGAUGUUUAUUUACCAAGUGGAAAAUGGAAGGAUGGUAACAAUGGAUCUGUUUAUGAAGGAGGACGUACUCUUAAGGAUUAUCCAGCUCCAAUUGAUGUUUUACCAUUUUUCGUUCGCCAAUAAAUUUGUAAAAUAGUUUAAAUAA